AUGUGUUUUUCCAGGACUAAAACGACACCAUCGACUACCUCGACAACUUCUACAACAACCCAAUCAACUACCGUAGCCAUCACAACCCAAGCCAAAACGACUCAGAAAACUACAACGAUUAAAUCAACUCCUACAACCACACUUCUAUCAACUACUACUUCCACUACUACUAAGCCCACUACUACCACGAAAGCAUCGACUACGCCAGUUACGACAACCACACCCAGUACAACUUCCACUUCUACAACUACCAGAGCAACCCUAAACCGAUCUCCUGUCAUACACACAGCUGCACCACCAGCACCUCCAACAAAGCCAGCAGAACCCAAGAAACCAGUGAAAGGAGCUGUCUCUUUCGAUAUUUACCAUAAUGGUCAACCAGUUGAGGCAGUUGUCGUGGGAACGAAGAUUACAUUGUCGUUCGCUCCGCUUUAUGCUAUUCCACCUGAGUACAUGUCGGUUCGUGAGUGCCAAGUAGAACCGAUUGAUUCCAAAUAUGAAUGGGAACGAGAACCAUUGCCGAUCAUUCGGGAAGGAUGUCAAGCUGAUCUUGUGGGAUUAGUGUGCCCACCUAAGCAAUCGGAAUUUGGGGUAAAGGUCUCAGUAGAAUCAUUCCGCUAUCAAAGUACCCCAUAUGUACAAUACUCCUGUCUUAUACGAAUUUGCCCAUUUGCUCCAUGCCCACCGGCAAACUGCUCGCCCGUCGAAGGUUGUCCUAGAGAUAAACGUUCUACCCGAAGUUUGAGCUUGGAAGAGAUCCGACGGGCUUUGGAAGCCGAUCCCAAGUUAGCCAGUCAGAUUGGACUUUCUCCACACGCUCUAGCCAAUCGACCUGGAAAUAGCGGUAAAAAUAAACCUAAAAUCUAUGGGACUUGCCUACGCGUCGCGGUUGCGAGCGAUUGCAAAACUCAUACUUUCCAUUUCCAAAUAUUGCUGAUAUCUAGUCAACACGAAAUCAUAGUCAUUCGAAACUUUCUUUCACCUCAUCCCACCGCUACGUUUUCUUUUUCAGUUGAAAGUCAACUUAUGGCGCUAGGCGGAGACCACACUGUGAAACGCCGUCUUGUUGUCGUAAAUUCAGAAGAUCAGCUCAGAUACUACGUACGAACUGGUGAUGUAUCCUAG